AUGCAGCUGCAGUGCCGGAGCUGGGUGCUGGCCGCCUUCGCGCUGCUCGUGGUCCUGCUCCUCUUCGCCGACAUCUCGGAGAUCGAGGAAGACCUCGGGAGCUCCAGAGGCAGGGGCGCAAUCAGAUCGGCGGUGAGCAGCUUCCACGGCAAAUCUAAUCGGGCUGAAGUCGGCCUCAAUGGCUCCUCGUCGCCAGCUGUCGCUGACAGGAGCAAUGCGAGCUUGACGCACAGCAUCCAGCCCGCCGCGUCCAAGUGGAGACACAAUCAGACGCUGUCUCUGCGGAUCAGGAAGCAGAUCCUCAAGUUCCUGGACGCCGAGAAGGACAUCUCGGUGCUGAAGGGGAGCCUGAAGCCCGGAGACGUCAUCCACUACAUCUUCGACCGCGACAGCACCAUGAACGUGUCCCACAACCUCUACGAGCUGCUGCCGCGCACCUCGCCGCUCAAGAGCCAGCGCUUCCGCACCUGCGCCAUCGUGGGCAACUCGGGCGUCCUGCUCAACAGCGGCUGCGGCCCCGAGAUCGACACGCACAGCUUCGUCAUCAGGUGCAACCUGGCCCCCGUGCAAGAGUACGCCCAGGACGUGGGGCUCAAGACGGACCUGGUGACCAUGAACCCGUCGGUCAUCCAGCGUGCCUUCGAGGACCUGGUGAACGCCACGUGGCGGGAGAAGCUGCUGCAGCGCCUGCGCAGCCUCAACGGCAGCAUCCUGUGGAUCCCCGCCUUCAUGGCCAGGGGCGGCAAGGAGCGCGUGGAGUGGGUCAACGCACUCAUCUUGAAGCACCACGUCAGCGUGCGCACCGCCUACCCCUCGCUGCGCCUGCUGCACGCCGUCCGCGGAUACUGGCUGACCAACAAAGUCCACAUCAAAAGGCCCACCACCGGCCUCCUGAUGUACACCCUGGCCACGCGCUUCUGCAGCCAGAUCUACCUGUACGGCUUUUGGCCCUUCCCACUGGACCAGAACCAGAACCCCGUCAAGUAUCACUACUACGACAGCCUCAAAUACGGCUACACCUCCCAGACCAGCCCCCACACCAUGCCCCUAGAGUUCAAGGCCCUCAAGAGCCUGCACGAGCAGGGGGCGCUGAAACUGACCGUGGGCCAGUGCGGGGGGGCCACGUAA